AAAUCAAGGCAUUCUAUCCGUUCUUUUUCGCUUGUGUGCAGAUAUACGGCCGCCUUUCAUACGAACAGGAAAAUAACCUUAUCAAGGAGGCACCGAAUGCAGUGGAAACCUAUAUGGUGGCGACUGAAACACAGCUAGGAUGGGUAUUUUUUAUUUAAGUGGACUUUUUGAAAACAUUUCUGCCAGCAUUCUCUGAUACACUAGAUUAGGGAUCAUUUAAACGCCUAGUAUUUUUCGCUGCUUUUGUAUGGUGUUAUAGUCGUCGGUGGAUCUUCAGAAGAGGGAAAACUUCGAAACUGUAUUAGGGGAGAGUCCUAAACCGCCACCAUGUCGGGGGCUUCAGUGAAAGUGGCUGUCAGAGUUCGUCCCUUUAACUCAAGGGAAAUGGGAAAGGAUUCGAAAUGCAUCAUUCAGAUGCAAGGCAACUCCACCACCAUCCUCAACCCCAAAAACCCAAAGGAACCAGCAAAGAACUUCAGCUUCGACUACUCUUACUGGUCACACACUACGAUCGAAGACCCCUGCUUCGCCUCACAGACGCUUGUGUUCAAUGACAUCGGUAAGGAGAUGCUGCAGCACGCCUUCGAAGGCUACAAUGUCUGCAUCUUCGCCUACGGCCAGACCGGAGCUGGCAAGUCCUACACCAUGAUGGGCAAGCAGGAGGAUGGGCAGGAAGGAAUCAUUCCCCUGCUCUGUGAAGAUCUCUUUGAGAAGAUCAAUGACAGCAACAAAGGGGAUCUGUCCUACUCCGUGGAGGUCAGCUACAUGGAGAUCUACUGUGAGCGUGUGCGGGACUUACUCAACCCCAAGAACAAAGGGAACCUGCGGGUGCGAGAGCACCCCCUGCUGGGGCCCUACGUGGAAGACCUGUCCAAGCUGGCUGUGACCUCCUACACAGACAUCGCUGACCUCAUGGACGCUGGCAACAAGGCCAGGACGGUGGCAGCCACUAACAUGAAUGAGACCAGCAGCAGGUCCCACGCUGUGUUCACCAUCGUCUUCACUCAGAAGAAACACGACAACGAGACGGAAGUGUCAACAGAAAAGGUCAGCAAAAUCAGCCUGGUGGACUUGGCAGGCAGUGAGCGAGCUGACUCCACUGGGGCCACAGGGACCAGGUUAAAGGAGGGGGCGAACAUCAACAAGUCUCUGACCACGUUAGGGAAAGUCAUAUCUGCCCUGGCCGAGGUGAGCAAGAAGAAGAAGAAGUCUGACUUCAUCCCGUACCGAGACUCGGUUCUGACCUGGCUGCUGAGGGAGAACCUGGGUGGAAACUCCCGGACGGCGAUGGUGGCGGCGCUCAGUCCUGCCGACAUCAACUAUGACGAAACCCUCAGCACACUACGUUAUGCUGACCGGGCUAAGAACAUCAAGUGUAACGCCGUGAUCAAUGAAGACCCCAACAACAAGCUGGUGCGCGAUCUGAAGGACGAGGUGCAGCGACUGAAGGAACUGCUUCAAGCUCAGGGCCUGGGCGAUAUCCUGGACAUUGACUCUAUGGGAGAUGAUUGCCCAGGAAGUGGAAGCAAAUGUGACAAUAUUCAAGACUUUAGAUUGCAGCUACUAUUUCAAACUGAAGCUUUGAGCAACAAGUGGAAAGCCCCUAUUGGCUCCCUGACUGCCUCCCCAUCCUCUGGCUCGCUGUGCAGCCAGGUGGGCCUGCAGUCUGUCACCAGCAUCCAGGAGCGCAUCAUGUCCACGCCCGGAGGAGAAGAGGCCAUCGAGAGACUCAAGGAAUCAGAGAAGAUCAUUGCAGAGCUCAACGAGACCUGGGAGGAGAAGCUGAGGAAGACCGAGGCGAUCCGCAUGGAGAGAGAGGCCCUGCUGGCGGAGAUGGGCGUGGCCAUACGCGAAGACGGAGGCACUCUGGGAGUUUUCUCUCCUAAAAAGACUCCUCACCUGGUGAACCUGAACGAGGACCCCCUGAUGUCAGAAUGUCUGCUGUACUACAUCAAAGACGGAAUCACCAGGGUGGGCCAGGCGGACGCUGAGAGGCGGCAGGACAUCGUCCUGAGUGGAGCCCACAUCAAGGAGGAGCACUGCAUCUUCUGCAGCGAGAAGAACGCCAACGGUCAUGUCGUCGUCAUGUUGGUGCCCUGCGAGGGGUCGGAAACCUACGUUAACGGCAAGCGUGUCGGGGCUUCGGUUCAGCUGCGUUCAGGAAAUCGCAUCAUAAUGGGUAAGAACCACGUGUUCCGCUUCAACCACCCGGAGCAGGCGCGUGCGGAGCGGGAAAAGACCCCGUCGGCCGAGACCCCGGUGGAGCCAGUGGACUGGACCUUCGCCCAGCGAGAGCUUCUGGAGAAGCAGGGAAUCGACAUGAAGCAGGAGAUGGAGAAAAGACUGACUGAGAUGGAGAUCUUGUACAAGAAAGAGAAGGAGGAAGCAGACCAGCUUCUGGAGCAGCAAAGACUGGUCUAUGAGAGCAAGUUACAGGAACUCCAGAAACAGGUGGAGACGCGCUCACUGGCCGCGGAGACGCCCGACGAGGAAGAAGAGGAAGAGGAGGAGGAGGAAGAACCGAAACUUUUGGGAUUGCCCUGGACCCAGCAUGAGUUUGAAGUGGCCCAGUGGGCUUUCAGGAAGUGGAGGUACCAUCAGUUCACCUCCCUCAGAGACCAGCUGUGGGGCAACGCCGUCUACCUGAAGGAGGCCAACGCCAUCAGCGUAGAGCUCAAGAAGAAGGUCCAGUUCCAGUUCGUACUGCUGACGGACACCCUGUACUCCCCGCUGCCCCCUGACCUGCUGCCCCCCGAGCCGGAGAAGGAGCGUGACUCCAGACCCUUCCCCCGGACCGUGGUGGCGGUGGAGGUGCAGGACCUGAAGAACGGGGCCACGCACUACUGGUCCCUGGAGAAGCUCAAGCAGAGGCUGGACCAGAUGAGGGAGAUGUACGAUCGUGCCGGAGAACUGGCCUCGUCCGUUCAGGACGACAACGAGGGCGCGCUGACAGGAAAUGACCCGUUCUACGACCGCUUUCAUUGGUUCAAACUGGUGGGAAGCUCCCCCAUAUUCCACGGCUGCGUCAAUGAGCACCUGGUGGACCGCACGCCGUCUCCCACCUUCUCCACGGCCGACUCUGACAUCACCGAGCUGGCGGACGAGCGACAGAGCGACAUGUCGGACCUGAUGGACGACGAGGCCUUCGUGGACGACACCAGCUCCGACGCCGGCACUGAGGAGGGCUCAGACAUCUUCAGCGACGGCCAGGACCCCUUCUACGACCGCUCCCCCUGGUUCAUACUGGUGGGAAGGGCCUUUGUGUACCUGAGCAACCUGCUGUACCCCGUUCCCCUGGUCCACCGUGUUGCCAUAGUGACGGAGAAAGGCGAAGUGCGUGGUUUCCUGCGCGUGGGGGUGCAGGCCAUCGCUGCUGACGAGGAGGCGCCGGACUACGGCUCCGGGGUGAGGCAGUCUGGAACUGCCAAGAUCUCCUUCGACGACGAGUACUUCAGAAAGAAUGACUUCCCCUGCACGGUCAUGACCCGCUCUGGCAUCUCCCUGGAGGAGCUGCGGAUCGUGGAGGGUCAGGGACAGAGUUCAGAGAUCAUCGCCCCCUCGGAAGAGCUCCACAGGAUCAGUGACGUGGAUCUGAAGCUAGGGGACAUGGGCGAGUCCAAGCUGGGGACCGGAGAGGGCCUGGCGGCCCGGCUGGAGGUGGGCAGCAUCUUCACCUUCAGAGUCACCGUCCUGCAGGCCAGCGGGAUCCUGCCCGAGUACGCAGACAUCUUCUGCCAGUUCAAUUUCCUGCAUCGUCAUGACGAGGCCUUCUCCACUGAGCCCCUGAAGAACUCCGGAAAAGGAUCUCCUCUGGGAUUUUACCAUGUCCAGAAUAUAUCCGUGGAGGUGACGGAGUCCUUUAUAGACUACAUCAAGACCAAGCCCAUCGUGUUCGAGGUGUUUGGCCACUACCAGCAGCACCCCCUGCACCUGCACGGCCAGGACCUCAUCAGUCCUCCACAGCCAUCCAGGAAGUACUAUCCUAUCCCCAUGCCUCUGUCCAAGCCAGACCACGCCCGUAAGAUCGAGCUGCUCCGCUACCUGAUGACUGGCUACGUCCACGGCCAGGUGCUGGACACGCUGUCAGAGCACGCCAACGCCCUGGCCUCCACCGCCGUGGCCAGCCUGGAGGACGGAGCUGACCAGCUCUCCCACUUCCCCUUCCUCCCCGUGCCCUUCGGCCUUGCACUACCCAUGCCCAGGCACCACGUCCCAGCCACCAAGCUGAACACCAUCACCAAGUCCAACCUGGGUCAGUGUGUGAGCAAGUACGACCUGCUGGUGUGGUUUGAGAUCAGCGAACUGGAACCAACGGGAGAGUACAUCCCAGCUGUGGUGGACCACAGUGGAGGUCUACCCUGUCAUGGGACCUAUCUGCUGCACCAGGGUAUCCAGCGCAGGAUCACAGUGACUCUGAUUCAUGAGAAGGGCAGCGAGCUGCAUUGGAAGGAUGUACGAGAGCUGGUAGUAGGCCGCAUCAGGAACAACCCUGAGGUAGAUGACUCUGCAGCUGACGCUGUCCUCUCUCUCAACAUCAUCUCUGCUAAAAACAUCAAGUCGUCCAACAACGCCAACAGGCUUUGUCUUGAUAAGGAUAUUCCUAGGACCUUCUACCGUUUUGAGGCCGUGUGGGACAGCUCCCUGCACAACUCUCUCCUGCUCAACCGGGUGACUCCCUACGGAGAGAAGAUAUUCAUGACCCUUUCGGCAUACCUGGAGCUUGACCACUGCAUCCAGCCCGCCAUCAUUACCAAAGACAUCUGCAUGGUCUUCUACUCUCGAGACGCGAAGAUAUCGCCUCCCCGCUCACUAAGGAACUUCUUUGGUAGCGGCUACUCCAAGACCCCUGACUGUAACCGAGUGACGGGGAUCUACGAACUGAGCCUGUGUAAGAUGUCUGACACAGGAAGUCCAGGAAUGCAACGGCGGAGGAGGAAGAUCCUGGACACGUCGGUGGCGUACGUGAGGGGCGAGGAGAACCUGGCGGGCUGGAGGCCCCGGGGAGACAGCCUCAUCCUGGAGCACCAGUGGGAGCUGGAGAAGAUCGAGCAGAUGCAUGAGGUGGAGAAGACCCGUCACCUUCUACUGCUGAGAGAGAAGCUGGUGGAGAACGCCCCCGCAGGAACAGGAAGUGGUCCGGGGACAGGAAGUGGCCCGGGCAGCAAGUCCCUGAGCGAGUCUCUGUCUCCGAGCAUGAGCAGUGGGACCCUGAGCACCUCCACCUCCAUCUCCUCCCAGAUCUCCAGCACCACCUUUGAGAGCGCCAUCACCCCCAGCGAGAGCUCUGGCUACGACUCUGCCGACAUCGAGAGCCUGGUGGACCGGGAGAAGGAGCUGGCCACCAAGUGCCUGCGUCUCCUGACUCACACCUUCAACAGUGAGUACAACCAGGUGUGCAACAGUAUCAGCGACUGCAAGCUAUCAGACAUCUCUCCCCUGGGUCGUGACUCCUCGGUGACCAGCUUCAGCAGUGCCACCCUAACCCCCUCCUCCACCUGCCCCUCCCUGGCAGACUCCCGCUGCAGCUCCAUGGACCAGAAGACCCCUGAUGCUAACUCCCGCGCCUCCAGCCCCUCCUGCUCGGACUACGAGAACUUCCCCAUGGUGCCAACCCUGGAGACCUCCUACCUGGCCCGUGCCGGCAAGAACGAGUUCCUCAACCUGGUGCCCGACAUCGAGGAGAUGAGGACAGGGUCGGUGGUGUCUAAGAAGGGCUUCCUCAGCUUCAUGGAGCCCCGCUCCAACUCGUGGGUGAAGCACUUUGUGGUGGUGCGUCGCCCGUACGUGUUCAUCUACAAUAGCGACCGUGACCCUGUGGAGAGGGGCGUGCUGAACCUGUCCACCGCCCAGGUGGAGUACAGCGAGGACCAGCAGGCCAUGCUCAAGACCCCGAACACGUUUGCUGUGUGUACGAAGCACAGAGGAAUCCUGCUGCAGGCCAACAACGACAAGGACAUGAACGACUGGCUCUACGCCUUCAACCCCCUGCUGGCCGGCACUAUACGGUCAAAGUUGGCGAGGAGGCGUUCGGGCUUGAUGAAGAACUGAUGACUUCACCUGCGUCACCAGGGAAACCUCUGUCCUGUUCUUCUGACUAGCCUUCGAACAUACCAAGUGUUAAUACUUAUUAACCAUUGUGAUUCUUGAUGGUUUUCUCUUGUACGUAGAUCUGUGGCUUAAGUCUCCUGCUCCAGCAACUAAAAGUUUCAGUCCCUGAAAUCCUGCUUUCCCCCCCCUGCUACACCCCAGAUGUCCCCCCCUCUCUCUCCCUCUCUCUCCCUCUCUCUCUCCCCACAUCUCUAUCCCCUGGCCUUCCGUGUUUUCGUUCAGACUUCUGUUUGGUCCUCUGUUAUUGCUUCGUUGUCAUUCCCAGACCCUCCCUGAACUAGUAGCAUGUCGUAAUAGUCUACUUGUGUGUGCACGAUUCUUCUGAAACACAUUCUGACCCACUCGUCUUUAUAUUUUCCCCCACUUAUCGUCUGUGAUGAUUGUCUCUUAUAUAUCAGUGUUAUCGGUCUGACGGGAGGAGUUCGAUUUUUACUUGCCCGCAUGAAAACUGCAGCAGACUCGGGAGACUACCAAGUUUUUGCUAACUUACGAAAAUUAAAAUAAAAACCGCAACAAGUACACAAGGAAAGGAAAAGCCACCAAACCUCAUGAGAAAUAUCAAUUAACCUUCUCCUACAGAAAGCUAGGCUGGUUUAAAAACUAUUGCUGCUAGCAAUAUUACAGGUUUUUACGUCUUACGAGACUUUCCAGUGGGCCGACUUAUCCUUCCCUGAAACAGUCCAGCCUUCUUGGCCCUCUCGAUCCUAGUGUAAAAUACUAAACGGCAAAAACAAGAACAGACUGUCAAGAUCCCCUGCCUUUCAAAAAACACUUGGUUGCGACAUUUGAGAAACACAAUUAUUACAGUGUUUACUUCCCUGUAUAUGACCUCUGUAUAUACACCAAUCCAAAUUUUAACAUCCCCAUCGGUCGGUCUGAUAUCAGAAAUCUGUUUUGGCGGAACAAUGGGCAAAACGCUCUCCAGUUCAGGAGAUGCGCUUUCACAAUACAGUACUGAAAAGCAGAGCGGUUCUCACAAAAAACUUAUUUUAAAAGAAUCCCUCUGCCAGUUUAGCUGCUCUUUCUGAGCAGAAAAGACCAUGUCACCAGAAGAGAGGGAGGAGUAUGACAGACGGUAAUACUGUGAGGAGUAUGUCGUUUGUACAUAAUGUUCCAAGAUAAGUGUGUCAGGCGCUUCUCUCAUUAAGGAUUUAAGACAUUCCUGUCAGCUCUUCGUGCUUUUCUCACGCGGCCCGUUAGGGGUCGUAGCUGUCGUCUCAGCUACCUGCAGAGGACCUCGGCCUGGCCGAGCCUCAUGUCGGCCAUCACCUUCCACGAGUAAAUGAACUGAAGACAUAACAUACUGUACACAGAAGGAACCAAGGGAAGGAAGCAAGGGAAUGAAGUAGGGUAGUAGUCAACCUUGGUACAGAUGCUUGGUGAAGGCUACAGUGUGUUAGCUGUUGGCCUCUUAUUUCUGGUCUAUUCCCUCUUUUCAUGAAAAACCAUCAGGUACUAUCUAUCUACAAGUUCAAUACUGUAGUCAAGAGUGGACUUGUGCACGGCAGAAUUACCCUUGUUGUUUUUUUUUUUUUGCAUUCUUGAAUUUAAACCUCUAAACUCUUAACUGUUCUCAUAAGUUAUUCCUUUUUUUCAUAACUGUUGAUUAUUUUAUACUAUGCGGUCAUCGUACAGCGGAGCUUGAUGUUAAAUGGAACGAGGGCAUUUAUUUUGCGGUUUUAUCCAGCGAUGUUUAAGUUGAACAUUGAUUUGCACAGGUACAGACAUAACUAUAGCAAGGCUAGAGCAGACCAGGCUUCAUGAUUGAUUGGAUGUUAGCAUCUUCGGUUAGAAAUAUGAGAAUAUAGAAUUGAUAUGAAAGCACGUGUUUUCAAAGCGUAGACACUGGUUCUCAAUAUGUGUGGCGUUUUGAGAGUAUCUGCUAAGGUUUUCUUGAUAUGACUAGAAUGAAAGGGAUUAAAUAUGCUCUGAGGUUUUUUAAAUAUUAUUUGUGGAAAAUAUUUGCUCUGUACAUCAUUGGGUCAACUGUGGUCAUAUAGCCAGAGCCAAAAAGUAAAUACCUGGCAAAAGGUAGCUCUGUCUCUACGAUUGGUUGGUUUGGUAGUGAAGAAUGAAAUGUAAUUGGGCAUUAGGAAACUCUGGCCAACCAACCAGCAGAAUGCCCACAAUGCAUUAGAAGGACAAGUCUUUAGUGUGUGGAGACGCGCUACAUGGUGGUUAAACCCUUUGGGAGUUUAGAGGCUAAUUGUUCACUGCAUCUUAAACACAAAGAAAAGGGAAAUCUCUUUAAAGAGGUUUGUCAAAAGAUGCUGUUUACGUAUGGAGAUAUCUGGAUUUGCAACAUUCUCUCUGAGCAAACGUGAGCAGCUUAGAUAUGCCCUGUCCUCAGGUUAAUCAGCCUGUAGGCUCUCGGCCGUUGACUAACUAAACGUUUGCAGUUGGAUUGUUACCUUCCAGAGAAGUUGCAGUUUAAGAUGUCUAAUCAGAAUUCCCUGUAAACAGAUAACCAGUCAUCUGCAAGAUUACAGAGCCGCUUCUAUGCAGCGAUCAAAGUUCGAAGUUAACCUCGCUUUAAAUUCACAGCAUUGAACAAUGACAUGUAUUAACUGGUAUUAACGUAUUGGUAUGAUUAUCUGUCAGAGCAGAUAUUUUCCCCUUGACCACUAAUCUGUUAUUUUGGAUCGUUGUAUUUAUUCUUUGCAAUGUAUAUAUUAGUUUGCAGCUCUUUGCACAUAAUAAAAAAUGGUAUAACUAACUGAUCAAAUAAAGUCUGCUCAAUAUUUCAGUUUCUCACAAAAAGUAAAAUGAAACCAAAUGAAGGCGUGCAGCAUUUGUGAGCUGAGAAUAGUUUGAAUAGAAUGUUGAAUGUAGUAUCAGGAUUUUGCUGUGUUUUAAUUUUUACAUAAUUUUAAAGGAGAAAAAAAACAAAACUAAAAUCGAGUCUGUGACACUGCUGCUCGGUAAAUGGACUACUUUAGAGCUUCCUUCUAAUAGAGAGUGGUUUGAAUUUGGUUAGCUUUUAAUCUCAAAACGUAGGCUACCGUACCAAUAAUAGCUAUCCUUCAGACCUACAUUAUCAUUAACGAUUGUUACGGUUGAACUUUCUGAGUUACUUUUGUUUAAUUUCUAAUAUCAGGGAGUAUAUUUAAAAAGUAGGUAUAUACGCUAAGACAUCACAAAUUAGUUAUAUCAUUGUUUCUGCGGAUGUCUUCACCUCAAUGCUUUCCCACGCUGCCUUCUCAACAGAACUCGCCGUGACAUGUUACAUCUUCCCUUCUCAGAAGACUACAUUCGCUUUACUGACGUUCUCUGGUUUUGUUCGCUCAAACUAAAAAAAGUCAAACCAAGACAUUAACACUGUACAUUAUUUGUCAGAUUGGCUUCAUUUUCAUACUUAUUUUGUAAAUAUCUGUGUUGAAUGGGGCUUGAAUUAAAAUGUAAAUAUGUUUCCUGUAUUUGUAAUAAUUAUAAUCCAUUCGCUGUAUAGCUUAGAUGUGUCCUGCAGAUAUCCUAAUUCUGUGUAUGGUAAUCUUGCACCAUUGAACUGUUUAGUGAAUGAGGUAACAAUAAAGUAUGACCCGUGCAUUAGCAGAAUAAACAGUCGGCUUGGCUCGUCC